AAGCCACUUUGGUGGCCUGUGGCAGGCGUGUUUGCCACAAUUACAUUACAGGCAUUUGGCAGACGCUCUUUCCGGUUUGUUUGGCCCAUUGGCAGCACUUCAAAUGGGAAUCCUAAAAUCCUUUACAAACUAAAAAAAAAAAAAAAAAAAACACUUAAUGUAGAUGUCUUCAAGCCAUGAUGUGGAGUAUGCAAACCCUGGUAUGUAGCUAAUUCAAAGUCAUGUGGAGAGGGGACAAUAGGAUGCCAAGAAGUUUGGUAUACUAAACUAAUCAAUAUCAGUAAAACGGUCUUCAGUCUGGAUGCCCUUUUGUUUAAUGUGUAUGUUGUGUGUAAAUAGUGGGAAAAUGUGUCUUAACACCAAAAAAUCAUGGUUGAAUGGAGGAUAGGCACAAUCUUGUUUUCCAAGGCAGCCGGUCAAACAAUCAGCGCCAUUUUGGAUUUCCCCAGAGAAUAUUUUAAAUAGGUGUAUAAUGGGUGGCAAGUGAAAGACCAGGCAGGACGUAUAAACAAUGUAAUUUUGUAUUACAUUAGUUCCUUUUAAUCCAACGUUUCUCUGUAUCCUGUAAACGCCAGAAUAUUUGGCUGUGUUCUACAAUAUGAAUCAUUGGUAGAAAUUAAAUUCUUUGACCAUCUGUACUUGUCUCUGUUGCUGGACCACUACAGGUAUGUUUCUGCAUACACAUAAAAAUAUAGUGUUAAAAAGCACCUAGUUCAAUACAUUCAUAUGCAUUCAGUUAUUAUGCCUGAAAACAUCUUUAUUAUCAAGAUAUGAGUAUGAUAUUCAAAGUAAAUAAGUACAAGGUAUGUUUUUCCAUUGUGCAAAGUGAUGAAAGCAACGGGGAAAGCAAGUUUAUCCUGAAACAAAAAAAAAAUUCUCCUACUAAACUGCCAUAAUUGUGAUGUACGUGACAUUCUGUAUAGCAACUCAUUUUAAUGUGUUAAUAAUUAACAAUGACGUUCUGUAACUCGCCUCACACGAAGGAGUCCAGAAUGCAAAGGAGGAAGCAAAACCAAUAUUAAUAAUUUUGUAGACAGAAUUUGAGCUAUUCAGUCACACAACCUGAUCCUGUGUGAAACAACCGCCGCUUUAAUGUCUUUUCAUGCGUACAUGCAGCACUGGAAAGCUUGUUUAUCCAUUUUCUCUGACAAAAUAUCGGAAUAAAGGAACAACCCACAGAUUACCCUCGCACAGGACAGAAGACAAGAAAGAAUAGAUGAGACAGUCCAUGGUCCAUUUGUAUUGAGAUUAUAAGAUGUCCAGCUCUUUCUCAACAGCCAAUGGAGUGGUGGUCAUUACCCAGGUCUACCCACGGGAUUCUGGCACUGCUGUAACCACUCCCUGCACUAUCCCCAAAGCUUCCUCUGUGCUGGACAAGUUUCUGAAAGUCGAGCCUAAGGCACUUGGGACUGUACAAAUAAUGAUCGGUGUGGUGGAGAUAUUAUUUGGCAUCAGCAUGCAUGCAUACAUUUCCAUAUAUGGUGACUUAAAGGCUACCAUUACUGGGAUCACUUUCUGGGGAGCACUUAUUUACAUUUCCUCAGGAGCUCUGAGUGUUGCCGCUAACAACAAACUCAACAAAUGCCUGGUUAAAGGAGCACUUGGUAUUAACAUCUUUAGCACCAUUACUUCUGGCAUUGCUAUCAUCCUUAACUGCCUGGACAUUGCUCUUGAAAGAAGUUAUUACUACAGCAAUGUUUACUUCAACUUCUCGCAUUGCAUAUGUGAGCCUACAUUUCAGAUCGAGUCACAUUGGAUGACAGGAGUGCUGUUAGUGUUCUCCAUCCUGGAGUUUAUCAUCUCCAUCUGUGUGUCAGCAUUCGCCUGUGGGGCAGUGUGUGACUGUACCCCUGAGGAAGUCGUAAUCAUGCAACAUCCAAGCACUGAAGGCAAUACUGCCCCACCAGAAAAUCUACAGCUGUCCAUUUCAACACAAGCAUAUGAGGCAUAUGAGACAAUAUCCCCCAGCAUGGCUCAAAACCAGCCUGAUGUCUUCAUCAAGAGUCAACAGAAUCCUCUGGAAUAUGUCACAGUCCCCCCAUGAGACAAAGAUCAGAUUGAGUACUGUUAUCAAUUGACGUUCAUAUGGUUCGUCUUUUCGCAAAACUUUAUUAGUGUUGAGUUGCCUAUACUCUAGAUAUCCUGUAUCCCCAAUACUUUAAUCACUGAUAUUGCAUAUAUUUUUUCAAAAAAGGAAUAUGCAAUUAGACAGUUUUUGAUCAGAAUCAUGUGCAUUACAAAAUAUCUUUUAAACAAAGCAGCACUUCCAUAUAAAUCAAGAACACCCAGUAAGUUCUACGUUAUGAAUGAAUGGCUUGAGCCACUAAAGAAAUAUAUGAUUAAUUCAAAUGACAUACAUGCAGGGUCAAUAUGAUUUUCUACCUUCCAUACCUUUACAAUGUAAAUCUUGCUAUAUUAUGCACAAAUCUCCAGCAGGUCCAAUGAUACCAUUUCCUUGCAUGUUUAUGUUUACUCAUAGAAUCAGACUGGGAGACUUUAUUGUCAGCAUUUAUUGUGUCGAGACAGACUUGAUCCCUUUACAGAUAUGAACUGGGGAAUCAGUGGUGGAGUAAGUGAAAAAUAGUUUCUUUGUUAUUCUGUAGCUACUGUAUUUCCUGAUUUAAUCAUUAUAGUGUGUUAUUCAUCUUUAGAGUAGAUAUCAACUAACUUUUGUUAGUUGAUAUCCUAGUUGAUAACCUUUAUGUUUUGGCAAACAAAACAGGCAUUGAGGCCCAACUUGUAUUUCCUACCAGCAAUGUUUUAAUCAUAAUGUUGAGCUGUGCAUCUUUAGAGUACAUAUUAACUAACUUUUAUGGCUUCAUUAUGUUCCUUUUUUGUUUGUUCUGCCUUUUCCUUACUAAACCUAAACAAUAAAACCUGUGUUGGAUUAAUAAGGACCUUGUGCUACAUGCAUGAGGUGCUUUUAAACAAGCCUCACCUGUUUAAGAGCAGAUCUACUCAUAGUGAUUCUGUAAAUACUGAUCCCGCUAACACAGAGACUUUACUUACAAGUGUGACAACAAAGAAUCUCCUUAGCAGUUUUCCACUGUGAGGCAAAAUUUGCCUGGAGUUCUGCAGUACCUGUACAAAGUUCAGGAAUAGAGAAAUCUAACACACUUUGCAUUUCUCUCUUGAAUCAUCUUAUGGAAACCAGUGACUUGUGUUUUUUUUUUUAUAGCUGCUUAAUAAUAUACUGUACUACCUAUACUAAUAAUAUGAUGACUACUCUAUUCUUUUUUUAGAUUCUUAUUCUUAUUAUUGUUUUGCUCCAAUUUAUCAACACAAGAAUGUGUGUUGCAUUUAAAGCCUUAAUCUAUUUUCCAUAAGGGAAUAAAAUCACUUUCACUGCA